AUGGAAGCUGUAGGAUUUGCUGCAUCUCUGUUGACUCUGGCGUCUACCAUCAUCCAAGUCUCCACGGUCAUAAGAGACUUGAGAAGGAACUACGGCGAAUGUCCCCAGGCAUUGAUAAACCUAGCAUCCGCCGUGGACGAGCUCGAACGCCUCAUUACUUACGUCAAAAGCGUCGACGAGACGCGCCUCAAAGACCAUGGAGAUCUUGACAAGAGGCUUUUCGGAGACUCCGAGGCUUUGGUGGAUAAAUGCAGGCAGGAUCUAUCUGCAAUUCAACAAAAGUUGGGCCAACUCAGUCGUCCUGCAGAAAAGGGGUUUCGAACAAGACUGCAGAAAGCCCUGAAGAGGCUGAAUCAUGACCGUGACAUCGAUAAUUGGUGGCAUCAAGUCUUGCACUAUAACCAACUUUUCUCUGGCCUCUUGACGAGAAUUGCGAUGAACGAAAAUCGCCUCAACUCGAAUAACCGUAUUGGAUCACUCGAAGAUACAGCCAUGGCACAAUUUGCUCAAGUUUCUUCUCAUCUGGAUGACGUCCAGUCGUUCACAGCACUACUGCCUUCAAUCCACAUGAACCUCCAAUCCCAAAGGACAGUUGCGGAUCGUAUUGCAGGAAAUCAGGAGGCGGAAGGCCAAAGGAUCCGUGCUAUCCAGCAGGCUCUAUCGCAACAUGCUGUCGAUUCUCUCCAACAUCGUCAAACGGCUCUUACAGCAUUUUCCGAUAUUCACUCAAAGCUUGACGACCUACGAGGAAAUGUAGCACAAACAUUGCGCAUGUCACGACAGGACCAGAAUAUAUUGAGUGAUAUCUGUGUAGGUAUUAAAGAGUUGCAACGUAACGUGAACGACCUCGACUGGAAGUUCUCGAGAUGCGAGAAUGCCGAACAGAAUACGACAGCGCGACAAGCCUCAUCUUCGAUCCUCCAGAUGAACGAUACUUUUGCAGCCAGCUUUCUUCGCCUCAUCCAAUUGACCGAGCAAUCCAUGAACAAGAUAUCGUCAUUCACACUCAAGGCCACUGUCAAAGAUCUAGUGCAGAUUUUGGAUUACAUGAAAACAUUGACACAAUCAGGCAUCUGCCUUCCCGGGUUAGUCAGUGGAUGGGUCUCAGAUGACCUCGAUGUUGUGCGAAGCAUCUUCCAGCUGACACAGAGGUUGGAACUUGUAAAUCCUGGUGGUCAGUUCAUCAUAUGA